AGCGCCAGCGACAGCGACUAUGGCGAGGAUCUGACAUUGUCCGAGGCGGAGUUGCUUAUGGCGGCCUUCGCUGAGCGCUUUGCCCCAGUUUCGCCACUGUCUCGGCCCGCUCCGACAACUCCAGCACCACGCCCCAGCGGCUCAACCCCUGCACCUGCAAGAAACACACAGACGCCCAGUCCGAUCUCUCCAAUUCUCGACCCAGAUGCUUCCCAGGCCGUUGAAGAGACUAUUGCCGCCCUCAGCGACGACGAUCUGACUUCCGACGUCUCGGAGCUCCAAAAAGAUGCAGUCCCGAGCGGUCGGCAGGGCGAUCCGCACAAGCACGAGUUGCCACGCGGCGGCCUUGCUGAUGAGAAGCAAAACAGAAAGCUCGCGCCUUCGGUCUCCGGGCAUGAUGGCGACCUCGGUUCAUUCGUCUCCAAGACGAAGGCCAGGUCAAUACCUACGCUGCUUCCAGGCCCGGAUGUUAUCUACCCAGACUUGAGUCGCGCGCUCUCGGAUGCGCAAGCGGCCGAUAUCUCUAUCGCUCCCGCUAAUGAGCAAGCUGGGGUCGCCACCGAAGACAACCGCCCGCCGCUCCUGCGAUUCCGCACAUUCCCGAUGAAGCCCCUUUCCGUAUCGGACUUGACGGCCGGCUCGUGGUGCGAACUUCAGUAUUUCUACACUCUGACCAGGCUUCCGGGCGGCCGGAAAACACGGACGGCGGCGAUGAAGCGGGGGUCUGCUGUCCACGAGAGGCUUGAGCGGGAGGUCUUCACGCCGGUUAACAUCGAGGUCGCCAAGAAGGAAGACACCUUCGGCUUGAAGAUCUGGAACAUCAUUCAAGGCCUGCGCGUGCUGCGCGACGAGGGAUUUACCCGCGAGCUCGAAGUAUGGGGCAUGGUCGACGGGAACGUGGUCAACGGCGUCAUCGACAGUCUGAGCUACGAGAAUCCAGACCCUGAGUUGCAAGAAGACGUUCUCAGCAGCCGUGGCAGCAGCCAGACGGUCACGAAUUCCCAGCCUUACGAGCCCAGCGCGGCCGAGGAUUAUGAGAUCUACAUCACCGACGUGAAGACUCGAAAUAGCACGACCCCGCCUCCGAAGGCCCAGGUCCGCGUGGCCCUCAUCCAGCUCUUUCUCUAUCACCGCUUCCUCUCGGAAAUGGCCUCUGACAAGCUCGACUAUAUCCGUGUGUUCGAGCGCUACGGGCUCAACCUGGAUGAGCCCUUCUCCGACGCUUUCAUGGCCCAGAUCGGCGCCAUACACGACGAGGUCUUCGUCGAGACCCAGCUCAACGCGGACGCCUUUGACGCCGGAUCGACGACCGACGCAAGCUCCAACGCCGACUUCGUCUCCGCCCCCUCCAGCCCGUCCCAAUCACCCGCCGUCUUCCCCGACUCCUCCCAAAACCUGAGAUACCGCACCCUCCGCGCCCUCCUCCCCCUCCUCAGAGCCGAACUGCGUCUCACCUUCCCCCGCGGCGCCGCCGACCUCGGUCAGAUAGUAGCGGUCGAGUACCGGUACCGCGGACGUGACCCGCCACCCCCGGCCAAUUCCGAGCUCAGCAACAACCAUGACGACGGCGCCAGCGCCAGCGCCAGCGCCAGCGCCGCCGUGCCCCCGCCGCCGCCGCUGCCGCGCUACGUCCCCGGCUCCGUCAUCUGCGUCAACACCUUUUUCGUCGAGCCCGAGACGCUCGACCUGUACCUGGCCGACACGAUGCGCUGGUGGAAGGGCGAGCGGGCGCCGCGCGGCGUCGCGCUCGACGAGGCCCCGCUCAAGUGCCGGUCGUGCGAGUUCGCCGACGAGUGCGAGUGGCGCCUGGGCUUGGAGCAGGAGGCGCUGCUCAAGGCGAGGAGGAGGAGGGAGAUGGAGAUGAAGAUCGAGGGGGGAAACGAGAGGGAAGUGGAGGUGAAAGUGGAGGCCGGGGCGGAGGUGGACGGUGUGAGCGAGGAUGGGGCCGGGGGGAAGAAGAAGAGAGGG